CUGUCCAACAAAGAAUUUGUUCGAUUUUUAAAACGGUUGUUUGUUUCAACAAAAACAACAAUGUUCACUGUAGGGUCAGCGGUGGGCUGUUCAUUUCCUCGAGCCAAGCCGCACAAAUAAGGGUUACUUUUUGUUGCUUUUCUUUUGUUGUUUGUUUUGCUGCUGGACUGCUCAAAAAUUGCAAUUUCGUGCCCACCGCAGAUUAUAACAAAUUAAUUCGCUAAUACGGAUUUAUAUUCUAUUUCUUUAUUCUUCUUUUAUUCCCGAGCAUAAGAGAAGAAUAAAGAAAUAUAAUGUGAAUGCAGCGAAACAUUAAUAUAAUUUGAACACAGUUUUUUCAUAAAUUUAACUUUUUAUACAAUUGAGAUUUUUUUUAUUUAACACGCGUACAACACAUAUUAUUAAUUAUUUAAAAACUGCACUUACCUGAUAAUAAUAAUAAUCACAGAUUACUUAUUUUCACUUAUUAAAACUCCGUGUGACGAUUGCAAAUAGCAAAGAACAAAGCAAAAGAGUUCUGUCGACGCAGUCGCAAAGAAGACGAAAAGAUAAAACGAAGUUCUCUGCUACUGCGCACGGUCGGCAGAACCGAAUUACGUUCGGCACGCGCGGAAAAGAAAGAAACAAAAGAAAAAACAAAGGGUUCGAUUUGGCUGGCGUCAACGCCUCGAUGACAUUGUAGAUGGCAUUCGUCAUCGCUCACUGCUGGUACUGCAGGUCGGAGGGGGAUUCUGCCUCUGCGUCUGCCACGCCCUCGGUGGCCAGUGUGGAGGAGGAGAUCGAGGAGAGCGUCUCCAAGCUGGAGUCCGUGAUAAGCAAGACUAUUGAGAAUACGAAGAACAUCAAGGAGCUGGUCCCAGUGCUCGGGCCAUCGUCCGUCGAUGAGGGUGGUGCUGGUGCUGACGAUGAUGAUGAUGUAGAGGAUGUGGAACUCCAGCAAUUGGGCGCCGCUGCAGGGAAAUUCCAGGAAAAUGAUGUGGACACCACCACAGCGGCUGCCGCAACAGCCACAACUGGGAUGCCUGGCUCUGCCACGGACAUGGUAAAGUCCAGUUACAUGGAGGAGGAAGCAGGGAAUCAGGUGGAUGCCGUUGCCGUCGUAGAUGUGGAUACUGUGGCCACAUUCAGCACCGCUGAUAGCACCACACCCCCACCCAUAUCGCCCCCCAUCCCACCACAGCACAGCAGCAGCAGCAGCAAUAGCAAGCAGAAGCCAUUCUCACCCUAUGAUGCCACCUCCUCAGUGUCAGUGUCCUCCUCCUCUGUUGUGCCAUCAAUCGAAGCUGUUGAAACGUCUUCGUUGCCAUCCAUGUCCACCUCUACAUCGGCCACAGGGACCUGCUCACCCUCAUCCUCACCCUCAAACUCAUCCCCAUCCUCUCACAUUGUUGCCAUCACAGACAUUGUAUUAGACAACAACAACCAUAAAAACAACAACAAUAUUCUAACAACUUCAUCAUCAUCUGCAUCAUCAUCAUCUGCAACAACAACAACUACAACAAUCACACCAACAGCAACAAUGUCAACUACAACAACAGCAACAACAACACUGUCUGAAAUGUCGCCAAAGGUAAAUGAUGUCGCUUUUGUGUGAACGCGCCCGUGAUUGUGUGUGUUGUCUCUCUUGUCUACUGUCUCUUGUCGUUGUCACAUCCCCCUCCCCCUCUUUAUGUGAGUGUGUGUGUCUCCUCCAAACAGCCAGGAGUUAGCUUAGUUCUGUCGCUCUCUCUCUGCCUCUCCAUCUCUUAAUCUGUAACUCUCUUGUUUUUCUUUUAUAUUGAUAUUGUAUUUUUAUUGCCUUUUGUCCUGUGUAAAACGAGAGUUGAACUUCAAAAAAAUGGCUUAACAACAUCCCUGUUGCAGUCAGAAAAGACUUUUAGUGGAGUUGUGUUUGUACAUAAAUGUUAGCAAACUAGAUAAAGAAGUGUAUGUAGAUAU